AUCGUGUUCACUGUGUUACGGGGAUUUUAAUCGGUGCAUUCGCCUUUUGAUACUGCUGACGUUGAUUGAAGACACGUAUAUUUAGUCAACGCUGCUGGGUGUAUUCUACUGUGAAAGGACGAUCGGCAUUAGCGAAAUUCCUGGUUAAAAAACUAUCCGUUUACGCCAUUGCACAGGAUGUUGACAGGAGGACAUUAUUCGAAGCUGCAAAGGAAGGAUCAUCAGAAUUUGUGCAAUGGUUGGAGAACAAUGAGUUUCAUAUUUUAUGUUAACGAUUAAGAUAAAUUCGGAAGAACAUUACUGCAUCAGGCUGCAGCGUUCGAGGAAUACCAAAUUACAAUUAUGCUAGUGGCUACACUGAACCAAAAUGUUUCUAUUCAGGAUAUUUCUGGACGAACAUUUCUCUAUGAGCUUGUUUCAAAAGGGCGAUUACGGGUACUGUGUAUUCCGUACUGAAUAUCUUUCUAUUACAUGGAAGGAUUCGACAAAUCUGAUGGUUAAUUUUCUUAAUUUCUUUAUAAUCCAAUCACUGAACAUGAUCAGAAAUUAUUUCCAUUAUGAAUUGAAAAAGUAAUGGUUGAUGCAUUACUUGUUCAUUAAAAAAUUUGCAACCCUGUUCAAUUCAAAUGAACAUCACCAUCCAUUGCCGACCGAGACAUUGCCAACGUAAAAGGUUACCGACUGAGUUAUCCAAGAUUCACGUGUCAUUGUUUUUCUGAGAAUAUAAUUAUUUCACGAGGUGGCGUGGAUAAACAACCUUAUGUGUCGUGUCCGUCACUUGGUGACGUGUGGAAAACUAGUGAGGAGAAAGUUGUUUUUCUUUACUUACAUGGUUUAUGUGUAGCUGAAUAAAAAAUGCCUGUAAUUGUGCAACGCACAUCAAACACGUCGGUAUUCAAGUGUUCGAAAAUUGCUGCGCUUUCCUAAUAAUCACAGGCUAACUUAUAAAUAAACAAUCCUUGUCUCUUCGGAACGGCAACGGUGUGACAGUGUUUACUUGUCAAUAAAAAGUUAAUAAUGAUAAUCAGACGUGGCUCAGUGUCUUCGACGUACUGCCACGCGUUUAUUCGCUUGUUUGUCCGCUCGAACAGUAACUUAAAAAGCCGCAUUUAUCGCUACCAAUUUCCUAACCUCACUUAAAAUUGUCUGCACAAUAAUACAGCCGUGGAACUUUGUUCGAAAGGUUGUGACCCAAUCCCCUGGUCUCAUCGCAUCGCUCUGCAUCCCUUAAUUAAGGAAUCGCCACUGCGAUUAGCUGGCGUAAUUAAAUGUCCUGAAAAUUCCAACACUCGCUGCGCCGUUUCGUUUGCAAUUUCUGUUGGCGAUGCGAGGCUUGUGAAAGUCUAUGAGCUAAAAGUUCGCAUCAAAGAGCUUGAUCGCUCUCAAAAUGAUGACUAACCUAUCGCAUGUAAUGACGCUGGCGAACAGCGUCAUCGGCGUCAGCGUUCUUGCAAUGCCGUUCUGCUUUAAGCAGUGCGGCAUCGUUCUCGCGGUACUGAUGCUAUUUUUGAGCAGCAUUUUGUCCAAGUUGGCUUGCCACUUCCUUGUUAAAUCCGCAGUCAUGUCGCGCAGGCGGAACUUCGAGUUUCUCGCCUUUCACGCGUUUGGUAGGACCGGAAAAUUCCUAGCCGAAUUGUUCAUCAUCGGCUUUCUCAUGGGCACCUGCAUAGCGUUUUUUGUUGUCGUCGGAGACCUCGGACCUGAAAUCGUCGGAAAACUUAUCGACAAAACGCCGGAGGAUAUCAGGUCCAGUCUUUUAGUCACAAUGGGUGUUUUCAUCAUCCUACCUCUUGGACUGCUCAGAAACGUCGAUAGCUUGUCAAGCAUUUGCACCGUCACCAUUGGCUUCUACCUCUGCCUUGUUUUGAAGGUGAUGACUGAAUCCAUGACGCAUAUUUUUGCUACCGACUGGUACGAUAAAGUGUUUUAUUGGCGUCCGUACGGCAUUUUACAAUGUCUACCAAUAUUUUCCAUGGCUUUAUUCUGCCAGACGCAAUUGUUUGAGAUUUAUGAAACAAUUCCAAAUGUCUCUCUUGAAAAGAUGAAUCGGGUCGUAGACAAUGCACUAAAUAUCUGCACCACUGUCUAUGUUUGUGUUGGAUUUUUUGGGUAUGUGGCUUUCUGCACUCUUCCGUUCACAGGAAAUAUAUUGAUGAGUUUUGAACCGAGUUUAUCGUCAGAUGUGAUAAAAAUUGGCUUCGUACUGUCAGUCGCAUUUAGUUUUCCACUUGUUAUCUUUCCAUGCAGAGCGAGUCUGAAUUCUCUAUUAUUUCGUUGGGCUCAAUCCCACGAUACAUCAAACAACUACAUUCCAGAAGCUCGAUUCAAGUGUCUCACUUUCACGAUAGUUGGAGUUUCUCUGGUUAUCGGAAUUUUGAUUCCAAACAUUGAAUUUGUACUAGGACUGGUGGGAUCGACGAUCGGAGUGAUGAUUUGUCUCAUGUUUCCUGCCGCGUUCUUCAUUUCCAUCAGCAGUAAAAAUACCAGCGAAAGAUUGAUGGCUCAGAUUAUUCUUUUCGUAGGCGUGUGGAUAAUGAUCUUGGGCACUUAUGCGAAUCUUUACGCUAUAGAGGAAUCUGCUAAUAUCAAAGUCGUGACCCCGGUAGAUUCCUUCAACCGAUUAAACAACAUUCCAAUUGAUUUUAUCAAAGAUCGGGAUGUUCAAGUCGUCCCACCAAUUGCAAAAAUAAAUGAUAUUCCAAAUAUCAUUGAUGCACCUGAAUUCAAACCAUUUGAAGCAGAAAAGUCUCAAGAUAAAGUUUCAAAGGAAGACGUACGUCAAGAACCGCCAAUUCCAGUUGAAAGAGCUGUGGUUAAUGAGAAAUUGACUUUAGAAACGAAAAAACCUGACAUUAACUUGAUUCCCACGCUUGCUCCCGUGUUGCAAGAGAUGGCUGAAAAGUUAGAGAAGUUGGAUCAGAAUAAAAAUGAAAAUCUUGAGGAUAGAGACAAGAAAGAGAAAAAAGGUAUGGUCGCGUCAAGUGUGGAAAAGAAAAUCGGAGAUGUUGAAAUGAAAGAAAAUAGAGACGCUGUUGUGCAGAAAGUCGAUAAUUACGUUAAUUCUGACGCUAUAAAAAAGGAGGAAGCCGAGUUGGCAGAGGACACGAAAUUGGCAGCCCCAUCGGAGGUUGAAAAGUUGAAGAAAACAUUGGAGAUGCAUAAACUCGAACAAAGACAAUUACUUGAGGAACAAAAAAAGAUUAUAGGCAAUUUAAAUCAACGUAAACAAGAGCUUGAGAGGGAAAAGAAAGAAAAAGAGGCGAUGAAAAAAAAAGAAAAGGAAGUAGAGCUUGACAAGAGUAUCGAUGCUGAUACUCCAAUUGGUGCUAAAAAUAAUAAUUUAAUUAUCAAAGAUGUGGAGAAAAAUGUACAGCCAGAGGAGGUCGUUUCUGUUGAUGGACAGAGCAAUAAGAAUACAAAGAAGGAUAAGUUAAGGGAUACUGAAGCUAAUAAUGUAGAAUUUGCGGUAGAUGGUGAUGGAAAGCAAUAUGCAGAGAAAGAUUUAUUCAAUACUGUUGUAGGUGAAACUGAUAAAAAAUUGCGUGGGCCGAUUCUUAGUGCAUUAACAAAGCAAACCCCGAAUUCGAGUAACGCAAAUAACAUUCCUGCAGACGUAAAUCACGACAAUAUCAUUUCACCUGAAACGAACGUCGUGAAUAUAGAGCCUGGUAAACCAAAUCCAUCCAACAGUGGUGUACAAACAUUGUACGAUAAUAAAAAGAAAAUUCCAGUUCCGAUUGCUCUAGUUAUGAGUGAGAAAACUAGGGUGAAUGGAGUAAACGAAGAACGAACGCUCUCAAAAAAACAAAAUGAAAAUCUCGAGAUCAGGCGAGAUAUUCUUGAGAGUCCAGACAGAAAAAAACGAGAUAUUGAUGAGGGUAUUGUAAUCAAAUCGGAUGUAUUGCCUGUGAUCUUAGAAGCAGAGAAGAUCGAGUCUUUCUUGAACAAAGUUGCACAGACAGAUGAUAAACAAGAGUGUGCUAAAACGGAUGGCUCUCUGCAAGACGCAAAUAAAAAAGUUACUAAUCAAAAGGAAGGUGGAAAUCCUGAGAAACCAACAUCGACAGAGUCAUUAUUAAUUAAAACGAAUUCCUACUUAUCUGAUCAGAGCCUGGUGAAUGAAAAUUCAUUAGUCAAUAGUUUUGAUCUGCGAGAAAACUUCGACAAGACUAAUGAGAGAAACCUGAGACCUGCCAGUACCAAUAAUGGUGAUAGUAAGUAAUUCAAGUCAACCACUAUUAUAUACCACUAAUGUGAUAUGAGACUGCGGCAUAAUAAUUUCAACCCUUUUUGUUCUAAUGAAUUUUGAUUAGGUUAUAUUUUAUUGUUAAUGAAAAACCAAUUGCGAAAUAUGGAAAAACAAUGUCAUUAAUACUUGUGUGUUAAAGUAACGCAGCAUAAUUGAGAAAAAGCAUUAUUUUAUACGUAAUAAUUACGAGUAGGUAAGUUCGGUGUCAAAGAAGGCAAAGCAAUAUAUCGUUACUAAUGACAUAGCUUUAUUAAUCUUUAUUGAAUGCAAUACCAAUAAUUGUAUUUAUUUUCAAUGUGUCAGGUAUUAAUAGAGUAUUCAAUGAUUUUUACAGUAAGUUCGAGAAUUAACGAUAUGUGCAACUGAGAUCUGAUAAUUAUUCGGCAAAUGUUGACUAAACGGUAUAAAUACUUUAAACUUGAGUAAAAAUUGUCAUUGCAUUAAUUUAAAAAUUAUUCUAAUUAUUUAAAUAUUUAGUAAUAAUAUUUUAUAAAAGUAUCUGAAAAUUCCAGCAUACUAACUUGAGACAACUAGCGUUUGAUAGGUACUUCGGUGAAGAUAAUAAAAAGAUUGAAGAUAAAAAUAUUUUCAUAAAAAUUUUCAAAAUCUUAGCUACUAGGAAUGCUGGUGUAUGGAAAAAUCGUGCUACAAGUCGCCUUAACCUGUUCGUAAACUCCAAAAAACACAAAGCCUCCUAAUGUGAAACCAAAUACUCUUGGCGCGAAACCUGCGAACAGUCUGUAAAAAGAAAAAAAUCCGAAUGAAUGAACGAUUCGAUUAAGAAAAAUGUAUAAUACUGAUAUUUAAUAAAAUAAUAACUUGUACAUAAUUUUUGGUAACAUUA